AUCUACCAACAGAGCAUAUUUAAGGUAUUGUGGACCAUCCCUGUACACCACUGUCUUAGGGCUUGUGGUAAAGUCCAAAAAAUACAGCAUGCCCCUUUUAGGGAAUUAGUUAAACAAACUGAGGUACAUUUUAUGAUUGUCUAAAGUUUUGGACCAACAGGCGAGGUCAGAGUUUCCUCCCUGAAGGUACACAUUUUAGACUCUGGACACCAAGACCCUACCCAUAAUCCUCCAGUAGACCCACCUACUCAGGUGAAUAUAAAGUCCAGACAGAACAGCUCGUAGGCAUCAAAUCUCAGCACAGGAGCAUCCUGAACAUCUCCACACACUGAGGCAACAUGGACACAAGAGCCUCUCUCUCCAUUCUUCUGCUGCUUUUUGGCAUCGCCCAGGCGUCUCCUCUCAUGGAGCAGAUGUCUGAUGAUGUGUUUGUCUCAGAGCCUGAACCUGUGGACAUCACUACAAGGAUUUUAGAAACCAACAAUGGAUCUUCUGAAGUCUUGCUUGAAGGAGAUGUGGUGUUUCCCAAAACCAGAAAUGCUCUCUACUGCCUCAACAACUACUGUUUCUGGAAGAAAAACUCUGACGACAUAGUGGAGAUCCCUUACAUAGUCAGCAGAGAAUUCUCCAAUUUUGACAAAUCGGUGAUUGAGAACGCCCUGUCGGUCUUUCACGAUAAAACCUGCAUCCGCUUUGUGGCCAGAUCAUCUCAGACCGACUACAUCAGUAUUGAGAACAAAGAUGGGUGCUUCUCUGCUCUAGGUAGAACUGGUGGCAAACAGGUGGUCUCCCUCAAUAGGUACGGCUGUGUGUACACUGGCAUCGUACAACAUGAGCUCAAUCAUGCCCUGGGAUUCUACCACGAGCAAACUAGGAGCGAUCGUGACAAGUAUGUCAGAAUCAACUUUGAGAACAUCUCUCCUGAUAUGGCCUACAACUUUGAGAAACAGAACACCAACAACCAAAAAACUCCAUACGACUACGGCUCCAUCAUGCACUAUGGAAGAACUGCCUUCGCCAUUCAGCCCUGGCUGGAAACCAUCACUCCCAUUCCCGAUGGGACUGUGGAAAUCGGACAGAGGCAGGGAAUGUCAAAAAUUGACAUUCUGAGGAUCAACAAGCUGUAUGGAUGCUGAAGAUGAGGCUUAAACACAUAAUUGAACAUAGUUUGUGUCUGUUGAUGAAUCAUGUAAUCAGAUUAUGUUUCUGUCCUUUUAAUGGUGUUGGAUUUCUGAAAUGUGUGAUUGUGUUGGGUUGGGAAAAAUAAAGGUGAACUGCAAGA